CAAAAAAUAGCGAACCGCGAACAACAAAUGCUCGUCAUUGAUCUUGAGGACAUAGCGAGGCACGAGAAAAAUGUCGCAGAACUUGUCUCGCGUAUCCAGAGCAAUACGCGUCGAUAUGUCAAACUAUUCAACGAAGUUGUGGACAAUAUCAUGCCAAUUCCGACCAAGGAUAUCAGUGAUCAAGAUGAAGUCAUUGACAUUAUCAUGCAUCAGCGCCGAGAACGAAACGAACAGAUAGAGGGCCUGCAGGACGGUUUUCCGGUACACCUUCUGAGAAGAUACAACCUAUACUUCCAACCUCUGCUAUCCGAUGUGGCAAUGGCCGUUCGAAAUGUCAAAGGAUCUCACCUGGGCAAACUCAUCACUGUUCGUGGCAUAGUCACGCGUGUUUCAGAAGUCAAACCACUCCUGCUGGUCAACGCCUAUACAUGUGACCACUGUGGAUCAGAGACCUUCCAGGAGAUCUCGAACAAGCAAUUCACUCCCAUAGUUGACUGUCAAAACGAAAACGAAUGCAUGAAGAACGGUAUCAAAGGCUCUCUGCAUAUGCAGACGCGCGCUUGUCGUUUCAGCCCCUUCCAGGAAGUCAAGGUUCAGGAGAUGGCAGACCAAGUACCUGUCGGCCACAUACCUAGAUCCAUGACCAUUCACGUUGGCGGGAACCUUACACGCCUCAUGCACCCGGGUGACAUUGUACACCUUGGCGGAAUCUUCCUUCCUAUCCCAUACACCGGCUUCCAGGCUGUACGCGCCGGCCUUCUCACAGAUACUUACCUUGAAGCGCACUAUAUUCAUCAACUGAAGAAACAAUACAGUGAUAUGGAGAUCACACCGGAGAUUGAGCGCCAGCUCAAUGAACUCAAGGUCGAUCCAACUCUGUACACCAAACUGGCGUACAGUAUCGCUCCCGAGAUUUACGGACACCUUGACGUGAAGAAGGCACUUCUAUUACUGCUUGUCGGCGGCGUCACAAAAACGGUAGCAGAUGGCAUGAAGAUUCGAGGCGACAUCAAUAUCUGCUUAAUGGGCGACCCUGGUGUGGCCAAAUCCCAACUACUGAAAUAUAUAUCGAAAGUGGCACCGCGUGGUGUGUACACUACCGGCAAAGGAUCCUCUGGCGUCGGCUUGACCGCAGCCGUUAUGCGCGAUCCUGUGACGGACGAGAUGGUUCUUGAGGGUGGUGCUCUUGUCCUCGCAGACAAUGGGAUCUGCUGCAUCGAUGAGUUCGACAAGAUGGAGGAAGCCGAUCGAACUGCCAUCCACGAAGUCAUGGAACAACAGACCAUUUCUAUAUCGAAAGCCGGAAUAUCCACAACUCUCAAUGCACGAACCUCUGUCCUCGCCGCAGCAAACCCUCUAUAUGGCCGUUACAACCCGAAGGUGUCACCUGUCGAGAACAUCAACUUGCCGGCCGCUUUGCUCUCCCGAUUUGACCUACUAUUUUUGAUUCUCGACAAACCGAAUUGGGCGGACGAUGAGCGGCUGGCUCAGCAUGUUACUUAUGUGCACAUGCACAAUACACAUCCAGAGCUUGAAUUCGAUCCUGUUGACCCGGUCUUGAUGCGACACUACAUUGCCAUGGCUCGAUCAAAACGACCAACAGUCCCGCGCGAAGUCUCCAAUUACGUUGUGGAUUCGUAUGUCACCCUUCGAAAGCAAUCCAAGGAAGAGGAACAGAAGGAGAAAUCUCACACCUACACAUCCGCCCGCACCCUCCUCGGCGUUCUCCGCCUCGCACAGGCUCUCGCGCGACUACGAUUUGCAGACAUGGUCGACCAAUCAGACGUGGACGAAGCGUUGCGGCUGAUGGAGGUCAGCAAAGAGAGUCUGAUGGACGAGGACGAUGAGGGCGACCACGACCCUGACCGGACGGCCAUCAGCAAGAUCUUCCGUAUCAUCAAAGAUAUGGGGAGGAAGGCACCAAAACAGAAGGGCCCACGACGAUCCAGGCGACGCAUGGGUAAAGGACCCGGUGGGGAACGUGCUAUGGAUGUCGAUGACGACGACGAUGACGACGACGAUUCAGACAACGAAGGGCUGACUGAUUUGUCGAUGGUUGAGAUCCGUUCUCGCGUGUUGAGUGCGUCCUUCACUGAGGAUCAGCUAAUGGAGACCAUCGUUCGAUACGAGGAGAUUAACAUCUGGAUGCGAGUGGCAAACGGGUCCAAGAUCCGCUUCAUCGAGUGAUUCUGUCCUACCAUGUCCUUGUUUUUGUGUAUUUAUAGUACUCUUCUACUGUGGUCGCUGUCAAGCAUGCUAUUAUAUAUGGUGUAGCCAAUAAUAUUAUUGAGGGUUCUCCCAUUCAAUGUAGAUCCACACGGCCAUUCGAACAACAAAGCGAAGGCAAAAAAUACGACUUCUCCACGUAGAUACGACGUCCACCUAUCGCGUCUGGGAAGCAUGCUCCCAACUACCGUCUGCACUCUCACUUCUGCUCCCACUUCCACUAGGGCUAGCCCUAUGCUCUCGCAGCUCUUCAGGCUCAUCUCUGUAUUGAGCGUGGUGCGGCGAUGAUGCGGUGUGAGGCUCUUCGUCAUCCAAGAAGCCAGAAUGGAAGCCCAGUCCACCUGGUGAUCUAUCCUGGGGCCUCCCACCACGAAGUCCAGUCUCUUCAUCCGCAUCUUCGUCGUCGGACGGCUCACCGAACGCAUCGUACAAUUCCUUCGUGCGUGGUGCGCCGUGCGGCAGUGAACGCAUUGCGACAUCGUCGCCGGCGGGCAAGGAUGCAUAGGCCGCACGACGCCGCCUCACUGCGCGACGCCAGAAGAAUAUGCCUGUGGCUAUGCCGAAAAUCGCAACGGCCCCAAUUGCAGCGAAAAACCAUUUCUGGUCCGAGACGAGGUUGGACAUAUCGGAGAACCAGCCCUCAUCAGGGGUUGGGGUCAUGGAGGCAUUGGGAUCGGCAGGCUUA